AUGACCAGCGAUCACCCCUUCUCCGCGCAGAACGCGCCUCACGGCUCUAGUGGUUCCCACAAAACUAGUCUGGCAGGGAAGAGAAACCAUGGUGAAGACUUCCGAGGAACCAGCCAGAAGCCCUUUGUGAGGUUAUGGAAGCGAGCGCAGGAAAGGGUUCGAACGAACACCGCAAAGGAAGAGCAGGGCAUGGUCAGCAGUAAACGAAGAGCGAACGGCCUUUCGCCUCCUGCGCUGUCGUUGGCGAGAUCGAUCAGAGGGUCGAACAAGCACCCUUCCGAAGCAGCCUUGGAACACGAACUUGACGAAUGGGCGAACGCUGGAGCUGCGAGGGCAGGGACGCUAGAUGGCGACGCACACGAGGCGGUUAAAGAGCCGUUGAAGAAGCUGGUGCCACCAGAGUAUAGCAACCUACAACAAGGGGCGGACAGGCUCCCAUCCAUGGAAGUACAGCUGCAUCUUGCCGGACUAUUCUUUGACGUUGACAGCUGCCACAUGUGCGUUCCACUGCGUAGAUCGAGCUUUCUGAACGCACUGAAAGAGGGCAGGCAUCCCCCCGUAUUGGUGCUUGCAAUCUGCGCGAUAUCUGCUCGAUUGUCGUCGAAUCCGGCAGCACGCGAUGAGCCCGCUUACGCGCGAGGGGAGGCAUGGGCAAGCGCUGCGGAGGAAAUUGCAGUGCAAGCAAUGGCCACUCCCGACACGACAUUGGUGAUUGUCUACCUGAUGCUUGCGCAGGUCGAAUACGCCAGUGCGCGCGGACAAAUGCUCAUUGGCAUGGCUGUGCGGAUGGCGUACGCACUGGGCCUGCACCACGAAGUUGUCCGUGAUACAUCUGAUGGGAAGAAUGGGCAGACACACACUGACCCGGAGAUCCGGCGGCGGACGAUGUGGUCGUGCUUCCUGAUGGACCUUCUCCAUCCUAGCAGCGUCGACGUACCCCCAGCUGUCUACGAGCAGGAAAUCCGCUUGCGGCUGCCUACUAAGGACUCGUACUUUCAAGCGAACACCGAAGGAGCCCCAGAAGAUCUCGAAGGCAACGUACCGAAUGAAGGGGAGGCUCCAGCUGGUCGGAUGGCUGACGAGAGGGAGAACAUGGGCGUGACAGCCUACUUGAUUCGGCUCAUGAGCCUUUGGGGCAAGGUUGUUGCAUAUAUUCGCGGCGGCGGCAAAGACAGGUACGGACACCCGAUCAUCGAGAUGAAGCAGUAA